CCAAACAGCAUCCCCGCCGGACCAUUACAUGCCCCUCUUCAAGUUCACCCAGUCUGCCAGUCACUUCACAAUGACUGGCUUCUCGUAGCUCUGCAGCUCCAGCACCGUCUCUCCGGGUCACUGUCACAGGAGUUUGAGGAUUUCCGCAGCAGGAUCGAUCUUCUCAUGGCUUCGGGGCCAGAAAAGAACCGACAGCUUCUGAAACGGCUUCUGGAGAAGCCGGGGAAUGGAAACUGUGCCGACUGCGGAGCUGCAGACCCAGAGUGGGCAUCCUACACUCUGGGAGUAUUCGUGUGCCACAGCUGCUCAGGCCUCCACAGAAACAUUGCUCAGAUCAGCAAAGUGAAAUCUGUUUUACUAGAUCCCUGGAGCUCAUCUGAGAUAGAGUUUAUGGACUCCAUGGGUAACAAUGCAGUCAAGGCCAAAUAUGAGCUGAUAGUUCCUGCCUUCUACCAUUGUCCUACAUACAACGAUUGCCUUCUCCUGCGGGACCAGUGGAUUCGAGCCAAAUACGAGAGGAAGGAGUUCAUGUGUGUGGAGAAGCAGGAGGCCUACUCUGCAGGCUACAGAGAGGGCUUUCUCUGGAAACGAGGACGAGACAAUGGACAAUACCUUAGUAGAAAAUUUAUUCUGUCUGAACACGAGGGUGUUCUGAAAUAUUUCAACAAGCAUGAUGCGAGGGAGCCCAAAGCUAUAAUGAGUAUCAAUACAGUGAACGCAACUUUCCAGCCAACUAAAAUAGGAACUUCUCAUGGGAUGCAGAUAACCUAUUUGAAGGAUAACAGCACCAGGAAUAUCUUUGUUUACCAUGAGGAUGGGAAGGAAAUAGUGGACUGGUUCAAUGCCAUCAGAGGAGCCAGAUUUCAUUACCUGCAGGUGGCUUUUCCAGGGGCUUCUGACUCUGAAUUAUUGCCUAAGCUAACUAGGAUCUACAUACAAGAGGGUUACAUGGAGAAAACUGGUCCAAAGCACACAGAGGGCUUCAAGAAGAGGUGGUUUACUAUGGAUGACAGAAGGCUCAUGUACUUCAAAGACCCACUGGAUGCCUAUGCGCGAGGUGAGGUGUUCAUUGGCAGUAAGGAAAACAGCUACACUGUGCUUCCGGGCCUUCCUCCCAACAUUCAGGGUUACCACUGGCAGUUUGGGAUUACCAUAGUGACCCCAGACAGGAAGUUCCUUCUUGCCUGUGAGACUGAAAAGGAUCAGAGAGACUGGAUGGCAGCAUUUCAGACUGUUAUCAACAGACCCAUGCUGCCACAGGAGUAUGCAGUGGAGGCAUAUUUUAAGCAUAAACCGUGAGUGUGCCUGUGCUCGAAGAACCGUUGCCGUGUUCCAUAGCCUAAGCCCUUACCAAAACUGAUGGGUGACGGAGAAGAACCCAAAGGUGAAGCAACUGUGACCAUCCCCACAACUAUUCCUCUUCCUCCUCUUCCAUGUCAACAUUUUUUACCAGAUUCAGUUCUUUCCGGGGGAAUUAAUCGCUUCCUUAUGAAUGUUAACACACUUACACACUUGAAAGUGAACAGUCAUGCUGCCCUGUAAGUUCAGAGGUUAUACCCUGAAAGCAUCAUCACCUGCAUGUACAUGGUUUUACAGUAUAUAUGUAUGUAUGAAUGCAAUGAUAUUUAAUUCUCAUUAUUUAUUUUUUGUAACUGUCUACUUUACUAUAUGACGCUUUUAAAUGUAGUAUGUUGAUAUUGAGCACUCCACCUCAGUUUGAGCUUAUUUUGUGUACAUUAAGCCUAUUAAUGUAACAUCUUCAUCAGUUACUGGCUUGAAUCACUGUUUUUGGUUUUGGAAAACAAUUAAAAGAAUUGCAAUCCCAUUUGGCCUUUACUUUAAUAUCAUGCAUUAUUCAUCCAGCAGAAGGAGAGAAAAAAAGAAAGGUUUUCAACUCACCCGGAACCCCCCCAUUAAAUCCCCAAUGGCUUGUUAACCUUACCCGACUGGUGACUGAACAUCGACACAGUAUUACAUAAUUUGUGCAUGCAGCGAAGACAGGGACAUGAAGAAUGUUAUAUGAGCCGUACCAUGACAUGAGCAGCAUUUACUGUGUCCAAACUUAAAGAGUCAGGCAGUGUUGAUGGUAGAAAUAAUACAAGAGUUUGAGGUAUGUUUGCUAAUAAAAGUGUGAAC